UGGGUGCCAGGCAGACUUGGCCAUGGACCAGGUCACAUUUAGAAGUGACACUGUUCUAUCUGAUGUGCAUCUGCUGUUACCAAACGCUUGUCAUCUCAUGAAGAGACUGAACAGCGUAGGACAGCCAGUCUUCACUUCGAAGUUCAGGAUUCUGCAGGAUUGCGAUGGAAAGGACUCAAGCGGUGAGUUGCCUGUUUGUGAGAGCACUGAUGCAACGAAUGUUCCUCGGGAUGAAGAUGGGGACCUGGAUGUGGUCAGGAUGCCCAGAUGCUCCAGCUGUAACAGGGAUGCAGUAUGUCCCAUUAUCCUAAGUCAAUCCGCAGCAACGCUGACUGACGAGGAGGAAGAUUCUGAGGAGGAGGAUGGUGCCCGUGACGUCAUUAAGAUUGAGCAUACUAUGGCGACACCUCUGGAGGAUGUAGGGAAACAGAUCUGGCGUGGUGCUUUCCUAUUGGCCGAUUUCAUCCUGGCACAAGCAAGCAUGUUCAAAGGCGCCACUGUCCUUGAGCUUGGAGCUGGAACAGGACUGACCAGUAUUGUCAUGGCAAUGGUGGCCAAGACGGUGUACUGCACAGAUGUUGGUGACGACCUUCUGAGCAUGUGUCACAGAAAUGUGACUCUGAACAAGCAGCACUUUGAACCCCAAGAGAGCGAAAUAAGGGUGCGGCAGCUGGACUGGAUGUCAGAUGAUUUCUGCACAGACGCUGAUUUGGACUUCUGCUGGACUGACGCAGAAAUAGCGGACUUACAUGAUAAUACCACUUUUGUGAUCGCGGCAGAUGUGUGUUAUGAUGACGAUCUUACAGAUGCUCUGUUCAGAACAUUAUACAGACUUGCGAGCAACAUACGGCACCCAAGCACAACCUACAUCUCCAUAGAAAAGAGAUUAAACUUCACACUGAGACACAUGGACGUGUCCUGUGAAGCAUAUGAUCACUUCCGCCACUGCCUAGACCAGUUACAGCAGAUGACAGCUGGAAAGAUGAAUUUCACGGUAGAGCCUGUGAAGAGCUCCUUUCCUCAGUUCUUUCAGUAUGAAAGGGUGGAACAGCUGGAAUUUUGGAAGGUGACGGCAGAAAGACUUUAAUAUAUAGAACCAAAGGUUUUUGUUUCCUUUUAACACCAGGAUUUGUAAUGUUUGCAGAAUUAAUCUUUGUAAUUCCUAUUUUACUUAAACGUGAAAUUCAAAGUCCUUAGUUUGAUCAUUUGCUUAAAAGUUAUUUAUUAAAAACUUUAUUAAAAAAGCAAAGGCUUUUCACUUUUCAUGUGAAAAUUGGUGCUGAUGUAUGUUUUACUGUGACCUGCUUGAAUUUUUAGCGUUAGAAAUGGUGGCAAGUUCUUCAAAGGAUCAUUGGGAGAGACUUUGGGUAAAUACUGUUGACAUGUUUUAUGACAGUUUGAAAACAAACACAAUGUAUUGUUAUUGGGGUAGUAUAUUAUUACCUAUGACAAAACUGUGCUUCAGCAAAUAUACAUUUUAAGACACUGACGAGCAUCCAUAAGUAGAUCUGUAGAUCUUUGAAGAUCUGUGUAUUGCCAUUAAAUGAAUUAUGCUUCAGCUCACAUGUUGGUGGAUAUAUAUUUUCUAAAUUAAUAAAACCGUUGAAUAAAAAUAUGCAGCAACAGAGGUGAAGUGGCUGAAUGCUAUUGGUUUGUUUCCUUCUCUGAACACUAGAGUGUGCAAGAGUUGAGACAAGAACAUGCUCACCUCAUAAAGUAGAUCUGAUCAAUAUUUCUUGUUUUGAGCGAUUGUUCAUGAAGCUAUUCAAUCUAUAAAGGAAC